AGAAAGAGAAAAAUCAGUAAAACCCAUACACCCCUACAACCCUGCACCCCAAAGAGAAUAUGCUUUUCCUGGAGCCUUGCACCCCCAAAAAAGAAUCUCCUUUUCCACGUGAAUUUGACCUAAUAGUGCGGCGGAUUCCAUUUAAAAUUAUUCUCAUCCAUUCUUUGCCGUUUCCUUUUGUAUUGGAGUAGAUCUGAGCACCAACAACCAGCAACAAGCAGUUCCGUCCACAUUUCAUCCACACUCCAUUGGCAUCAAAUCCAAUAUGGUUAGGACACGAGGUAAUUUAUCUAGACGCGGUUCACAUGAUGCACGCAAGAGUUCUGCACAAGGUGCUGCACAAAGGAGACCGACCGCUUCAACUGGUAAAAGGGGUCAGCACGAGGCUGAUGUUGUUGAGGAUGAUGUUGUUCAGCAUGAGGCUUCCAAUGUUGCUCAGGACGAGGAGCAGGGGAUUGGUAAUGAUGGUGCAGGAUUUUCAGGUGGUCCCUCUGAUACAUCUUUAUUGACUCGGUACCAGAAUCAUGUUGCACGUAUCAUAUGGGAGGGUCAAAGUGCCAUGAAAUGCAUUGUCAGUGAUCUUCAACAGAUGAUAGAUUGCAGAGAUGUUAGUGAGGGCACAAUUGCUUGGGAUUGUACGCAUGAGUUAUUACAGAUAGCUCGUGAUGCAACAGAAGAGGAAGAGACUAGAGGAGGACGUAGUGUUCGAGGACGAUGACCAUCUACAUCUGGAUAGUAAAUUUACCUUAUAUUUGUAUUUGAUGUUAGAACUUACAUUUUUAUUGGAUUUUAUAUUAAGUAAUUCCAUAUAUGAUUAUUAAUCCAAACGUCUAUUUUGUUAGCAGUAAGGUCAAAAUACA